GCUGGCCUGACGAAGUGAAACACUGGCCAUGGCUUUCGUUACUCGGCAGUUCAGCAGAAGCUUCUCAUCUUCACAAGCUUUACAUCAUACUAUUAAACAUGUCACGGUUAUUGGAGGUGGGCUGAUGGGCGCUGGUAUUGCACAAGUCGCUGCCUCCACAGGACAUUCAGUGGUGUUGGUGGACACUUCUGCAGACAUACUGAAUAAAUCUGCGAAGGGGAUUGAGAAUAGUCUGAAGAGAGUAGCGAAGAAGAAAUUUGCAGAAAAACCAGAGGAUGGCGAGGCGUUUGUUCAGAAAGUCCUGAAGAAUGUAUCUACAAGCACAGACGCUGCGUCUGUCGUUCAUGGCACUGACCUGGUGGUGGAGGCUAUUGUGGAAAACCUCAAAGUCAAACAAGACCUGUUUGGUGCUCUGGAUAAAGUGGCCCCAGAACACACCAUAUUCGCAAGCAACACGUCCUCUUUGCCCAUCGCAGACAUUGCCAGCUGCACCGCCAGAUUAGAUCGCUUUGGCGGUCUGCAUUUUUUUAACCCCGUCCCAAUGAUGAAGCUAGUGGAGGUGAUUAAAACUCCGGCAACAAGCCAACAGACAUUUGACGCCCUCCUCGAGUUUAGCAAAGCUUUGGGGAAGCAUCCCGUCUCAUGCAAAGACACUCCAGGUUUUAUAGUGAAUCGUCUGCUGGUUCCUUACAUGCUGGAGGCUGUUCGGUUACACGAAAGAGGUCAUGGUUCGAAGGAAGACAUAGACGUGGCUAUGAAGCUUGGCGCUGGUUAUCCUAUGGGUCCGUUUGAGCUUCUGGACUAUGUCGGAUUGGAUACUUCAAAGUUCAUUAUUGAUGGUUGGCAUGCCAAGGACCCCGAUAACCCCUUGUUUGCCCCCAGUCCCCUGCUCAACAAACUGGUGUCAGAGGGGAAGCUGGGCAAGAAAACUGGCGAGGGAUUCUACAAACACAAAUAACAGAAAUGAAGAUUACUAGGCUUUUAUAUUCAAGUUCAAGUUACACAACUUGUCAAUGAAAUGAGUCAAUAGUCCUCAAAAGACUGUUCAUGCAUCAUGUUAAUGUACAAAAUCAGGAAUGUAAGCUAAUUAAAGUGAUCAGAUACACAACUUUUCAAUGGGAAGUGAAAUACUGGAUCACUUGCCAAUCGGUCUUGAUAAAAAGAGCAACAUGAUCCACAUCUAGUGCCUUGCUACUGUUUUAUUGACUUUUGUUCAUUAAUUAUGUGGCAAUAAAUGGUUUGAAAUCA